CUGGAUCGCUGCGACCUUGGACGGAGCUACAGCCUGGUCUCGUAGCGGACAUACGCGGCAAUAAGGGACGGUCGGCGGACCUGCAGGUCAUCCUGAGGGCAGCUGCUCAAGCACCCUGACCAAACAGCAGGCGCAGGCGCCUGGGUGCUGCUGGAAAAACAGAGGCAGGUGCUGUCCAGCGCUUCCCCGCGUUACGCUUUGUGCCGGCGCAAGCUAGUGCUCUCUGUGCGCGUCGCAUUGAUGGCCUUCAUCCGAAGAGUUUUCCAGCAGCGGCCGUUGCUUGGCAACGCUCUCGCUUACGGCACGCUCUUCGUGGGCGCAGAGCUCACUCAGCAAACUAUCCUGCGUCGAGUGCUAAGGGAAGACAAGACUCAGCCGCCGGCUCCCUACGACACGGCCACACUGGGCAGAUAUGCUCUGCUUGGCUACACGAUCAACCCCACCAUCCUGUACUUCUGGUAUAAGUGGCUGGACAAGCGGUUCGUCGGCACCUCCAUGGCUGUCGUUGGCAAGAAGCUAGUAUUGGACCUGGGGGUCAUAGGACCCAUCAACAUCUUCGUCUUUUUCACCGCCAUGGCCCUGAUGGAGAGGAGGGAGGAUAUAUUUGCUGAGCACAAAGACAAAUACGUAGGAACAUGCCUGAAACAAGUGUACUUCUGGCUGCCGGCCCAGGCCGCCAACUUUUUCCUCUUGCCCAACCGCUUCCGGGUGCUGUACGUGGGUGCUUGCUCAUUCCUCUGGCUGAACCUGCUCUGCUGGAUCAAGCGCAGCCCGGUGGAGGGGGCGAAGCAGGACUGACGACAGCUCGCGAGCGGCUGGUAGUCGCUGCGGGCGAGUGGCGCACCGUUUGGAAUCGCUGUGGCGAACCAUAUGUGAUUUGGUGGCCAACCAUAUGGAAUUGCUAUGCUGCACCAAAGCGAGCCCAUCAGGGGAAACUGGGCGCCGAGGCUAUCUAGAGGGAUCAGUGCAAUCUGUGUAAUUCAUGCGAAACGUCUACACGCAGUGCUUUCGCGGUGUGAGCCUGCAUUGAUACGUGUGCGUCUUAUGCGGCUGGGUAUUUUAGAAGGGUAUUCGAUGUCCCGUGCACAUGGUUCAUGGAUUCGUAUUGGUGCCUUCAUGUGU